AGGGCCAAGUCUGGGUCUCCCUGUGGUGGUCCCCAGCCAAAAUAACUUGUGUCAGGAAGAGCCUCCAAUGAGAGACUCUGUCAAACCAAGUAUGUGGACCAGUAAAAGCUGAUUUGCUGUGGUGACUCCUGACAGGACAUGCUAAAAGGUGAACCAACUUUGUUAAAACAAAAAAAAAAAAAAACAGGAAUAGAAUGCUUUAGAAUAUAUAUACAUAUAAGUUAAAAAAUAGUUCUUUUAAAAUAGAUUUUUUAUAUAUUUUCUUUCUAAUUAAACAACCAAAUAAAUAAAUCUAGGCGGAAACGGAAGUGAUAUAAUGACGACACAAGCUAUCAAACGUACACAACAAAGAUGGCGUCUCCCGGUGAAGAAACAGUCAGUGUUCCACACGUGGGCAAGAAGAAAAAGGCACCCUCCCGCUACUGGCAGGAGCAGCAAAAAGAAGAAACGAAAGAUGGGGCUGUCAAAGGAACUACAAACCCGACUGCGGUGGAUUCAGGGCCAAAGCCACCGAAACAGAAGAAGAGAAAGCUUAAACACGAGCAAAAUAAGAACAAGAAAUUUCUUAAACAUGACCAAAAUAAGAACAAGAAAUUAAUUUCAGGGAAAUCUGACCCCUUUCCUGGGAAACCGCGUAUCCCAGGAGAUCGGUUGCAAAAAUUCAAAAGGAAAAACAAAAUGAAAAAGCCACCUCGACAGCAUGGCAAACUCAGAAAAUUGAUCGUACGCUCUGAAGAAGCCUCAGACAUGGCCCAGAAGCAAGCGGCUCGUUUUGACCUCCUGCUCCCAGAGGAAGCAGGCUUUCUAGAGGGUGAUGAAGGUGAGGACACGUGCUUGAUCUCACAAGAGGAUAUUGCAAACGCAGUGGAUAUAACAUCUGGAGCAAAGCAUUUCAAUCUCAAGUUGUCUCAGUUUGGACCGUAUAGAGUAGACUACAACAAAACUGGACGACAUUUGCUUAUAGGUGGGAGAAGAGGCCAUGUGGCUUGUAUAGAUUGGCAGUCCAAACACCUCAUGUGUGAGAUAAAUGUCAUGGAGACUGUCAACGAUGUAAAGUGGCUGCACAGUGAGAGCAUGUACGCUGUGGCCCAGAAGAAGUGGCUGUACAUUUACGACUCCAAUGGAAUUGAACUUCACUGCAUUCGCAAGUUCAACGACGUCCUCAGGAUGCAGUUUCUCCCCUAUCAUUUUUUGCUUGCAACAGCGAGCGCUACAAGUUUCCUGCAGUACUUGGAUGUAUCGGUGGGAAAGGAGGUGGCAGCCAUCAACACGAAAACCGGCCGACUUGAUGUGAUGUGCCAGAACCCCCAGAACGCCAUAAUCCACCUCGGUCACCCUAACGGCACGGUCACCCUCUGGUCACCCAAUCAGAAAGAAGCUCUUGUUAAGAUGCUUUGCCACCAAGGUGGAGUGCGCUCCGUCGCUGUGGAUAAGACUGGAACGUACAUGGUAACAUCUGGAAUGGAUAAAAAAUUAAAAGUCUAUGACCUUAGAGCCUUCAAGCCCCUCAAAUCUUACUUCCUCCCAGCUGGAGCCUCGUGUUUGUCCCUGAGUCAGAAGGGACUCCUGUCUGCUGCCACAGGUGACAUUGUGCAGGUGUACAGGGAUGUAUGGAGCACGCCGGUCACCAAACCCUAUAUGGCCCACAGGGUUCGAGGGGCGGUGUGGGGGCUCCACUUCUGUCCCUUUGAGGACGUCCUUGGUGUUGGACAUCAAGACGGCUUCACCAGCAUGCUAGUACCAGGGGCAGGGGAGCCUAACUUUGAUGGUCUGGAUGCAAAUCCGUUCCGUAGUGCUAAGCAGAGGCAGGAAUGGGAGGUUAAAGCCCUGCUGGACAAGAUUCAGCCGGAGCUCAUCAGCCUGGACCCAACAGAGCUGGGACAUGUGGACCGCGCUACCUUUCAACAAAAGCAUGAGGACCGAGUCAAAGCUCUGGGCUUUGAUCCACUGGCAAAAGUGAAAUUCAUUCCCAGGUAUAAGAAAAAAGGUCGUAGUUCUGCAGGCCGUGUGGAAAAACGCAAGAAGCAGGUGGCUCAUGAGGACCAGAGGGACAUCAUCAGAAAAGCCAUGGAGGACAAAAGGAAAACUGAGGAAGAACGAAACAGGAAGGAGCAAAAGAAGUCGCUGCUGUCGAGCCAGAAGUCUGCUCUGGACAGAUUCAAAAAGUAGAAAAGCCCCUUUGUGUUGCAUGAAAUGCAGUGGGGACUGACCUUUGACCUUCACAUAAAGCAUCAAUGUUUUUGGUACAUUGAAUUACUGCUGCAGCUAACACGGCAACUACAAAUAAACAGAUGUAGGAGACGAGAAAAAUCUUUUAUCCUGACAGGAAACCACUCAUAGUGGAGAAGUGGAGAAAGAAGUCUGUUUUUUGAUAUUUGUAGUAAAUAAAAACGGAACAUUUAUCUUCUGUUUUCAUGAAAACAUUGUGCUAAGACAUUGUUUAUAUUGGUUGUCCGUUUAUACUAAUAAACACAUUUUUCAGUAAGA